GAGAAAGAGAAGUUCAACAAAGCGACAUGACAUGAUGAGAGGGUUGAUUUAACGCAAUAACAGAAAAAGGAAAGACGGAAAAUGAGAUUUUUGUCUUGAUAUUUUUUUGUCAAGAAGAAAAUACAACUAUAUUUUUUUAAGGGCGCUAUAAAUUUAUUUAUUCUACCUUUUUAUUAUUAUUUUUGAGCAGAAAUUUAUUUUCCCGUAUUUAUUUAUUUACAUACAAAGUUGUAGUUGUUCUGGAUCUGUGCGUUAUUUACUUUUAUAAAAUAAAAUAAAAUUACAGGAAAAAGGUGAUUUAUUUACUGGAGAAAAAACAACAACAACAACAAUAAUAAAUAAUAAUAAUAAUACAGCAAUAAUAAUAGCAGUAUAAUGGGUGUUAUCGGAGAACCGGUUGAAAUUUCAAGCCAAGAGUUCGUGCAGAUGCUCGUGAACCCGGAGAGCAGCGACGAGCUGCUGGUGCUGGACUGCCGGCCGUUCCUCGCCUUCUCGCGCGCGCACAUCUGCUGCGCGCACAACGCCGCGUGGAACACGCUGCUGAGGCGCAGGUACAGCCGCGGCACGGAGUCCGGUGCGCGCCUCGACUGCCUGCUCGCCGACCGGUCACUGCUGGGGCGCGUGCGCAAAGGCGACUUCCACCACAUCGUGGUGCUGGACGAGAAGAGCCGCGCGCUCGCCGGGCUGGAGCGCGAGAGCCUGGCCGGCCUGCUGCUAUGCGCGCUCCAGAGAGAGGUGCACGCGGGCACGGCGCGGAUCUGCUUCCUGCAAGGUGGAUUUGAUGGCUUUGUAGCCCUUUACCCUUCACUGUGUGUCAGUGCGUCGGAUGUUUGUGGGAAUCAGACGACGCUGAAAGACUCAGAGCCUCGAGUCUCAGGCAGAACAACACCACUUUAUGACCAGGGUGGUCCUGUAGAGAUCUUGCCCUUUCUGUUCCUGGGCAGCGCUCAUCACUCGUCUCAGAGGGAUCUGCUGCGUCUCUGCGGCAUCACGGCCGUCCUCAACGUCUCCUCGGCCUGCCCCAACCUGUUCGAGAACGAGCUGAGCUACAUGACCCUGAGGGUGGAGGACAGCAUGGCAGCGGACAUCCGUGUGUUCUUCCCUCAGGCCAUCCGCUUCAUCGAUUCAGUGAAAGAAAGCGGAGGUCGAGUUCUAGUCCACUGCCAGGCCGGUAUCUCUCGCUCUGCCACCAUUUGCCUGGCGUAUCUGAUCCACGCCCAGCGCGUGCGCCUGAACGAGGCCUUCGACUUCGUCAAGCGCCGUCGACAGGUCAUCUCCCCAAACCUGGCUUUCAUGGGCCAGCUGCAGCAGUUCGAGACAGACGUCCUGCGCCCUUACACGGUUCUGGACACGGACAACGGCACCACGGCGUUUCAAUACCUCUGCUCAGAAAACACAGACCUUUCCUGAUCGAGACUGUCCGAUUGCUGGGACUCUUUUCUACUGUGUUCUUUAAUGAUAUUUGGGCCACAAACAUUUCAUCAUCCAGUCCAUCAUACACAUUCGUUCACUUAUAGGAUUCUCUGUAAUCCACACGAUGAGCCAAAUACAAUGUGUAUGCAUUUAAUCUACAUGCUAAAGUGCACUAAGCAACUACCUGCACUAGACUCUGCACUAUUUAAUAAAGUGUGUUUAUUAUACAGAAGCAGGAAAACUCAUCUGAGAGCAUCGGGUCAUUAUGUAUUCAUAAAGGCCCAUCAAACUAAUCAGUGCAGAAUACUAAUGCAUAGGAGAGUUAAUAGAACUCUGAGAAAUGUUGCUUACAUGCAAAAUCUUCAGCUGAGCGAUAAUGAAAUCAUCCCUAAGAUACACAAAGAUAUAUCAUGUAUCCA